GCGCCCACAGCCCAGCUUGCUAUGGGAUGGAAGAAGAAGAAGAGAACCACUAUGUUUCACAGCUCAGGGAAGUCUACAGCAGCUGUGACACCACAGGGACAGGCUUUCUGGACCAGGAGGGACUGACCCAGCUCUGCCUCAAGCUUCAGUUGGAAAAGCAGCUGCCCAUCCUUCUGCAAACACUUCUUGGAAAUGACCACUUUGCCAGGGUUAACUUUGAGGAAUUUAAAGAAGGUUUUGUGGCAGUGUUGUCAUCAACUGCUGGUGUUGGCCCCUCAGACGAAGACAGUAGUUCUUUGGAAUCAACUGCCUCUCGUGCUGUCCCGCCAAAGUACGUGAGCGGCUCUAAGUGGUACGGUCGCUGGAGCCGGCCCGAGCCCGAGCCGGGUGGCUCUGCAACAGGAGCCAAAUGUUUACCAGAACAGCAGGCCUGGACCGCUGGGAGAGGCCAACUCCACCGCUCUGCAUCUUUGGAAAGUGUGGAGAGUCUCAAGUCAGACGAAGAAGCUGAAAGUGCUAAAGAACCUCAGAAUGAGUUGUUUGAAGCACGAGGCCAGCUGCCAGCUUGGGGUUCUGAGGUCUUCAGGUGCCUCCAGAAGCCCUGCAGCCCCUCCUUGGACACCCCUGAGAGCCGGGUUCGGGGCAUCUGGGAAGAGCUGGGCGUUGGCAGUAGCGGCCACCUCAGCGAGCAGGAGCUGGCCAUCGUCUGCCAGAGCAUCGGGCUCCAGGGACUGGACAAGGAGGAACUGGAGGAUCUGUUUAACAAACUGGAUCAAGAUGGAGACGGCAGAGUGAGUCUUGAGGAAUUCCAGCUUGGCCUAUUCAAUCAUGGGCCCACUUCACUUCCAGAAUCUUCCACUCCUGUCAAACCGAGCAUGUCCUGGUCUCAUUACCAGGUCCUGCAGGAGGGUGGCUGCCAGACCGCCACGACGUCGUCCCUGGUGUCUGUGUGCUCAGGCCUGCGUCUCUUGUGCAGCAUUGAUGAUGGCACCGGAUUUGCGUUUCCUGAACAGCUCAUUGCCCUGUGGGCCCAGGAGGGGAUUCAGAACGGCAGGGAGAUCUUGCAGAGUCUCGACUUCAGUGUGGACGAGAAGGUGAACCUUUUGGAGCUGACCUGGGCCCUUGAGAACGAGCUCAUGAUGGUUGGUGGUGCCACUCAGCAAGCGGCCUUGGCCUGCUACCGCCAGGAGCUGAGCUUCCGCCAGGGGCAAGUGGAGCAGAUGGCAAGGGAACGAGACAAGGCGAGGCAGGACCUGGAGAAAGCCGAGAAGAGGAACCUGGAGUUUGUGCAAGAGAUGGAUGACUGUCACUCUGCCCUAGAGCAACUCACGGAGAAGAAGAUCCAACACCUGGAGCAGGGGUACCGGGAAAGGCUGAGCCUCCUGCGGUCCGAGGUGGAGAGGGAGCGUGAACUGUUCUGGGAGCAGACCUGCAAGCAGAGGACUGUGCUGGAGAAGGACCUGGAGCGCCUUCGGGCCGAGGAGGUCAGCCUCCAGGAAAAGCUGACCCUUGCCCUGAAGGAAAACAGUCGAUUACAGAAGGAGAUUAUUGAAGUUGUGGAAAAGCUUUCAGAAUCAGAGAAGCUGGUCUUGAAACUGCAGAAUGACCUGGAGUUUGUGUUGAAGGACAAGCUGGAGCCACAGAGCACAGAGCUCCUGGCCCAGGAGGAGCGGUUCGAGGAGGUCUUAAAGGAGUAUGAGCUCAAGUGCCGGGACCUGCAGGACCGCAACGACGAGCUGCAGGCUGCACUGGAAGGCCUGCGAGCACAGCUGCCCCUGAGUUGGCAUGGCCGGCCCCACGCACAGCCAGAGGAACGGCUGCCCCCUGGACACGGUUCAGCAGGCAUCAUCUCAUUUGUUGGUGAUUCCAUUCCAGUGAGUUUAGAAACAGAGAUAAUGAUGGAGCAGGUGAAGGAACACUGCCAAGACCUCAAGAUCCAGCUGGAGACCAAGGUAAAUUCUUACGAGAGGGAAAUGGAGCUGAUGAGGAGAGACUUCACGAAGGAGAGGGAGCAGAUGCAGCAGGCCUUCAGGCUUGAGGUCCACGUGCUGGAGUGCCGGAGGGCUAACCUGGAGGUGCUGCUCGGGAAGUCUCAGGAGCUCAUCCGAGGCCUGCAGGACCAGCUCCAGUGGGCGGCCUGUGGCCCUCUGCCGGAGAGGGCGGGGUUGGGGCAGUGCUGCAUUCAGGCACUAUCUGGCCCAGCCGGGCGGCAUCGGAACGAGCUGCAGCGAGUCAGAAUCGAGUUGGAUAGGCUUUCUGAAGAAAACACAUUGUUGAAAAAUGAGCUGGGAAGGAUUCAGCAAAAGCUUGAAGCUGCAGAAAUGACAAGUGAUGCCCAGAGGAAGGAAAUCGAGGAUUUAAAGAGAGACAGGGAAAAGGCCUGCUCUGAAGUGGAAGAGCUCAACAAACAGAGUCAGAAAUGCAAGGAUGAAGUGUCCCAGCUCAAUCACAAGGUCCUUCAGCUUGGAGAAGAGGCCUCUAUCCACCAGGCCCAGAAUGAGAAGAACUGCAUCACCAUUCAGCUGUUAACACGGAGACUGGAGAAGAUGGGGCAGCAGGAGGGGUUGCAGGGUGAGCACAUCCAAAAACUUGAAGUUGAACUCGAACACAAGAAUCAGGAAUGUCAGAGCCUAAGACUGUCACAGUCACAGCUGAGAGAGACCCUUGAAGAAAGUCAAGACCAGCUGCACAGAGCCAGCCUGGGGCUGAGGCUGACACAGUCCCAGCACUCCGAGGAGGUUCAUCGGCUGCAGGAGCGGAUGCAGUGGCUGGUACCUCGGGACCUUGUGGACGAGCUGCAGCAGCUGCUGGAAGAGGAACGGCAGGCGGCUUGGCGGCUCCACAAGGAGUGCCUUCUCCAGGAGGAGAAGGGGAGGCGGCUGGAAACACAGUGGGAAGAACAUGAAAAAGAGCUUAAAGACACCCAAGAACAGGUAGAAGAGGUGGGAAUGGUUCUGAAGAAUGUGGAAAUGCUCCUACAAGAAAAAGUGGCCGAGCUGAAAGAGCAGUUUGAAAAGAACACAAAGUCCGAUUUGCUGCUCAAGGAGCUCUAUGUGGAAAAUGCUCACCUGACGAAGGCAUUUCAGGUCACCGAAGAGAAGCUGCGAGGUGCCGAGAAGAAAAACCGCAUCUUGGAAGAAAAAGUUAGAGCUCUCAACAGACUCCUCAGUAAGAUCGCUUCAGCUUCCCUCUCUGUGUGAAGGCUGCUUGUUUUCCUGGAAUUCAUUUCGAAAGAACAUCUUUUAAAAUUAAGCCACCGUGGUGCCAUAAUUAUCUAGGGUUCAUUGGCCAUGCCCCGGGCAUAGGAGGUUUCUGAUUCUUCUUUGUUCACCUCACACACAUUUAAAAAUGUCUGUUGUGCCAGAUGCUCAGAAAAUAGACAUGCUGGAAAAGACGACAUUUUUAUUAGUGGUCCUGGGUAAUUUCUCUAGGUAAAAUUCCCAGUUUUGCUACCAAUGGGUGAAACAGAUUAUGGCGGCUUUCAGUGAAGAAAGACUAAAAGAAAAUGGUAAAAUCAAUUUCAGUGUUGUAUUUUGACCUUGGCUGCAGAGAGUAAAAUGAAAAAUAAGUGCUCUGGACAGUUUCACCCUUUCACUGUUACUGCUUUGGGUUCACAUCCUUAGCAUUCUUAGUAUGGGUCUAUACAGACAUUCUAGAAAGACUACUCGCUGUGCCUGUCAACCCUGCUCCACCACAGGAAGAUGUCUGGGGAGUGCUUAUUUUAAGUCUGUGGACUCAGGGAUGAUAGUAUUUAUUGCGAAUGCAAUCUUUUCCUCAAUGAAAUGUCAUCACACUGGAAACUGUAUUAUAUGUAAAGAAAAAAGAACUAUAGUUUUAUAUCCAAAAUAUAUGUAAGUAUGGUCAUUUGGUUUAUGAGAAUAAACUACUGUACUAUGAAGAGUCACUGUAUUUACAAAAACUCUUUUCUAUUAAA